AUGCCAAUAAAGCUCCCCAAAGGCUUCGCUCGACGAAAAUCGUCUGGCAAUGCUCUGGAGGAGGUUGAAAAUCCUCCUCAGCCAUCUUUCAGGGUCUUUGAACGACCAUCCACCGACAAGAAAUCCUCCAGCGAUGGCCAGUUGAUGUCGAAGAGGCUGAGCGAAGGCCAACCUCUGUACUCGCCGUCUGAAGACGCAGACAACAACAUAUUUGCAGUGUCAGAAAAUCACCCCUCACGAAGCCUGUACACGAAUCCGUCGGCCCACUUAUCUCAGUCUACACGCCGUUCAACCGACGGAGAGCCUUCGGUCGACGCCCAUUCCCCACAUUCACGGAACUUGUAUGAUAUACCAAUCCCUCCCAUAUCUGGUGCACUUCGGGCAGCAGGGAGAACAUUCUCCUUUGGUGGGAGGUUUGCGAAGGUUCCAGCUGCGGUUUCGCCAUCCCAGCCAUCCACGCCUGGUCCCUCCAGGAACCGAGCUAUGACUGCCAGCACAGCUAAUACCGCAGCUGCACCGAGACUUCCUGAGGCAGAUUUGCAAUUCGAAAAGAUGGAAGAUGAUUUUCAGAACAUGUUCGGCAAUUUGGAAAAGCGCUAUUAUGCUCCCCAGGACUCACCACAAGAGGAGACUAUUGAUUCGGACGCGCCAAGACCACGCAAAUCUCGACCCGACAACACUGGGGGAAAAGUUGAGAAGGCUCCACGCCCGGGACCCAUCGACACUAAUCGAUCGCAGGAAGUUGAGCCAUCCCCUUACUCCUGGGAUAGCCGACAUUCCGAAGACGGGUUACUUGCAGCCAUCGAUUCCCCUAGGGAACAGCUGGGCGCACCGCAUCAAUAUCCUAAGCUGAGUACAGGGCCUGCGGAAGAACGACCCAAGUCCGCAGCGCUACCCCAUGCUGUGUCAUCCGCGGCCGCUACCACUUCCCAUCGCUCUCUCGAAAAACCUCAGACUGCUGCUGAUAAAGGAUUGAGGAGAAGCGUGAUAUAUCCAAGCAAACGCGAUUCCCCCUCCGUUGACGACGAGGACGCCAAACUAAUUAUGGAGUCUCUUUAUUCGGGCAAGAAAGGCGUACAUGUAGCAAUCGCAUCUGACCAGAAAUCCCAAGACGCUGACAAUGAGUUCUCGCUCUUCGCGAUUGAAAAUGGACAACUAUCGGCGAGUGCGGCUCAGACUGAGCGUCAAGAGCCCCCGACGUUAAUUGGUCCGGCCGAGAACAACAGUCUUGAGGCUUCAAUUGCAGCCCAUGCUCAACUGGCAGCGCAAUACGAAAAGUGCCAGCCUCCAUCCGCCUCCUCAACAAACAAGAUCAUGACUCCCUCUCAAUUCGAACACUAUCGACGACAGCAAGAGCUCAGAAGAUCCAAAAGCGACGCCUCAUUAAGUGAGAAGUCCAGCGAAAGCGAAUACGAAGAAGAGGACGAAACAGAGAAUAACCGUGAGGCUGAAAGACAACGGCGGAAGCAAGAGGCUCAUCUCUCUGUCUACCGACAGCAGAUGAUGAAAGUAACUGGGCAGCAAGCUUCCGCGCCAGCCUUGCAGACCGACGUUGAUCGGGCUAGCAAGAGCGCGCCAAAUCUAUUACAACCAGGCAAUCUAUCCGGAAGUGGUAAAAGCAGCGAUGGAGAUGAUGACGAAGAAAUCCCAUUAGGGAUUCUCGCAGCACACGGUUUUCCAAACAGAAAUCGACCUCCCAGUCACUUGACACCCUCUAAUUCUAUACCAAACCUUCGAGCAUCUUUUCAACAGCCAUAUAUAUCGUCGCCAGGUUCGGUCGCAGAACAGGAUACUGCGAACCGUAGCAGCUUACCUGUCUUCGCCAGGAAUUUGCCUCGAGACCCAUACUUUGGCGCAAGCCUGGUUAGCCCCUCUAACCGAGAAUCUUUGGCCCUAGGAGGCGGUGCGUCUGUUCAUGGUGGCCCAUCCCCGGCGCUACCUCCUGGAGGCUUAGUCGGGGUCAUUGCUACUGAGGAACGGGCUAGAGCCAUGAGGAGGGGAAGUCCUAAUACCCAAGCCAUGUAUGACUACCAGGCGGGUGGAGUUUCAGGGCCAGCGAUUUAUCCUAGUGGUAUACCUAGGCCUUACACGAUGAUGAAUUUGAAUUCGACCAAUGCAGCUGGCGCGCAGUCGUCGAUAUCUGCAACGGAGCAGGCACAAAUACAACUUUCUCAGCAAAUGACUCAGAUGGUGCAGAUGCAAAUGCAAUGGAUGCAACAGAUGAUUCAGAUUCAGGGUGGUCAGAACGUUCCACAAAUUCCACUUCAGGGGAUCCCUCUUCAAGGUCCGGGUUCUAGUGUCAAUGUGCGGCCAUCCUCAAUGCCGUCAGCCGGCACCUCCAUAGGCGGUCCUUCAGUUCGUCACCAAGAAGAGCACAGGACGCUCAGCAUGCUUGAUCCUAAUGCUUCCUCUCGGUUGAAUGCCCCAGCUUUACCAUAUGUCUCUGGAGUCCACCGGCCUGGCACUCCAGCAGGCCAGAAUUAUGCGCCCUCUAUUGCUCCAUCCGAACGUAGCAAUGUGGGAUUGGCAUCCCGCUAUAGACCAGUCUCGAUGGUGCAGCCAGAUCUCGGACCAUCGAAUAUCCACCCCACACCAACCUCGUGGAACGAUGAGAACGACAAGCCGCCCGCUGUCGUUCCCGCCGGGUUGCCCAUGUCCACUCGUCCGCUUUCUAGCCACAAUCACAUAUCCGCUCACCUCAAGCCAAGUAACGGCGUCGCGGCGGAUGACGACGACGAUGAUGAAGGCUGGGCUGAGAUGAUGAGAAAGCGAGAAGACAAGAAGAAUAAUUGGAAAAUGAAGAAGGAAACCUCUACUUUUGGGGAUCUGCUCAACGCAGUACACUGA